AUGGCCUUAUUUCUUAUACCCAUUGCAGUCCUGUCUCUUAUUUGGCUCUACACGAGAUGUAAAUAUUCCAAAGGGCAGCGACUGCCUCCCGGGCCCCGACCGCUUCCGGUGAUUGGGAAUCUACACCAGGCACCUCAAUCCUAUCCCUGGAGAGUAUAUCAAGAGUGGACCAAAAAGUACGGCCCUGUAUUUCGCCUUCAGUAUGGCCUCAACACUGUCAUUAUACUCGGAACAUAUGAAGCCGCUCACGACCUUCUCGAUAAACGCAGCAAUAUCUAUAGCUCCCGGCCUCGUUCGGUUAUGGGCGGUGAGAAUGUCAGCCGGGGUUUACGAACACUCUUGAUGCCAUACGGGGAUCAAUGGCGCGCUCAUCAGCGCCUACAGGCAUCUUACCUGAAUAUUCGAGUGUCGCAGAGUUACCGUGCCUUGCAAGAUAUCGAAAGCAAGCAGCUUGUAAAUGACAUGCUUGUCUCCAACACCAGUUUUUCAGACCUUUUCCAUCGAUAUUCCUCCAGUUUAAUCUUUGCACUUGCUUACGGCCGUCGGCUUCCACUAGGAAGUGAAGAAGAAGUCAAGGCCAUCGACCAAGUGAUGGAGAAUUUCCUCUACGCAGCGAGAAUUGGAACGUGGGUUGUGGACGCCCUCCCGGCAUUGAAUUAUCUGCCAAAGAUCCUUGCGCCAUGGAAACGAUACGCGGACAGCCUUCACGAAUUCGAAUCAAAGCUGGCAAUCAACAACAUGACUCGCGGUCAGCAAACUCCAUCUUGGAAUUGGUGUAAACAGGUGAUAGACAUGAAAGAGUCGAACGGAAUGUCGACAAAGGAGCUGGCGUACGACAUUGGCAUAAUUUACGAGGCAGGGAGCGACACCACAACCAUGGCAUUGGAAGUAUUUACAUUAGCCAUGGUCCUUUAUCCCGACGUGAUGCGAAAAGCACAGCGAGAGAUUGACACAGUCAUUGAGGGCUAUCCCUCUUUCACUGAUAAGGAUAGUCUGCCUUACGUGGAUGCGAUUAUCAAAGAAGUGCUUCGAUGGCGGCCCGUUUCAGCUGGCGGUAUCCCUCAUGCUGUCAUACAAGACGAUAUAUAUAUGGGCUUCCACAUCCCGAAAGGAGCUACAGUUAUUGGGAACCACUGGUCUAUCCAUUUAGACGAGAAUGUCUACAAAGACCCCUACGUCUUCAACCCUGAUAGGUGGAUUGAGGACCCUGCUUUGCCCCUCGCACCCUUCGGCUUCGGACGUCGUAUUUGUACAGGGCAGCAUAUUGCCAAGAACUCGCUUUACAUCAAUAUCACGCGUUUGCUGUGGGCGUUCGACAUCGAAUGUGCGUAUGAGAACGUUGAUGGAGUCCAACGGCGAUGUGAAGUCGAUCCCUUUGCUUUUACUCAGGGGUUUAAUUCCCGACCCCAGCCGUUCAAAGCAUCUUUUACACCGCGAUCUGUGGAGAAAGCCCGCCUUAUCAGACAUGAAUGGGAUCAUGCGGAAAAAGAUAUUGAUAUCAUUUUGACAUCUAUUCGUCAGUCUCAGCAGAAGUCGAGGUAA